CUGAAGUGUUACAAUGUAACGAAAAUAAUAAUGACCACGUUAUUAUUUUUCACAUGAUGUGGUUUUUUGGUUGGUUUUUAUAACAGGUAUCUUCGCCCGUGCAAUUGCACAUAAACCAGAAGUGCGUAACAAAACACAUUCUAGCAUAAACUGUGAGUUUGUUUAUGUUGAAAGAAAGCUUCGUUGGCUUUUCAAAGACGUCUGGCUUGGUUCAUGUGCUAUUUCAGUGGUAUCAGAUAUCUUGUAGUUCCCGCGGAAAGAUCUUGUUAAACCAAAAAUAUCGCGCGGACUCAUUUAUCACAAAGAAAAGGACGAAGGUCCCCUCAAGGCGACAAGAUGGAGCAUUCGAGAAGCAAUGUGUUUGAAGGAUCUGCGACUGGGCCAAGCAUGAAAUAUAUUCCUUCAAAAACUGAUGACAUCUCAUCCUCAGUUGGCUGUAGAAUCGUCAUUUAGCUAUCUUGCGACCUCAGAGAAAGGUAAUACUAACAACACAGGAAAGAUGUCUGGCUCACCACAACAGCAUCAAAGAUCUCGAAGCUCCACAACUUCGCAAAAUGAAACUUUGAACUCUCGCAGAGUAAAUGGAGUUGUUUCUGAUAACCACGAUAAAUCCUUGCCGUGUCCACGAGGAAAAGGUCUGGGUUUAAAGAGGGAUAACAGAGACCUAUUGUUAUUAGGAAGACGUUUACAAAUGACGCCAGAAUUCUGGAAUACAGAACAUCUGUUGCACAGACGUUCCAGUAGCGAACCUGUGUCCAAAAACUUCGAAUCAGACGAAGUAUUUCGUCAUACCUACCCUCCGUUUAACGAAAGAAGUUUUAAAUCCAGCACUUCUCUUCCAAGUACGCUAAACGUUAGCCAUUCGCACGACUCAAACCGUAGUCUCCAUCCAGCGUUCAAUGCUCGUCCUUUAGGUCAGUCUUCGGUGAGGCACGUCGAGCAACCAAAGUCUCGCAGAGGAGAUCUUAGGAAACCAAGAGACGAUAUACUGGCCUGUGGGGUGAAGCAGACUCUCUCUACGAGACCAGGUGGUCGACUUCAUCGAUACACACCCUCCCCAACCUUGAGGAGGGUGUCAUCACAGGAUAAUCUAGGAAACUAUAUCCCACGUUCACGUUCAUUAUCCCUGCCUGUUCCCAGUAAACUCCACGAAUGUCGAGUGAUGAUGGAAUGGAGAGAGGAGCGCAAUGGUGGAAUUACUUACGUUACUCCGUUUUUGCAAACUUUGAGUGAUGGAAAAGACUUUUCGCAAGAAGAGAGAACAAGCCAUUCAACAGAACAGUAAUGAAUAUCUGUAUGGAUCUUCCUUCUCCUCUUUUUACCUCGUGUAAACCGUCAAGACUGUCAUCUCAAUUGCAUCUUCCUAUCGUGAACAGUUUGCAACAAUCUUGUGAAUCGAGAUGUCGUAAGUCAUCGACUGGCAGUCUUUUACGUCUAUUAUUGUGGUGAUUUUAGUGUAAAUUUUGUGGAAAGUCUGAAAUAAAAUGUUUCGUUUACACACAGGUCAAUUCGUACAUGAAAUUAGAAAUAUUUAUGCUUGUGCAAAGAAAAACGUUACAAAGAUGGCGACUUUCUUGCAUGGUACUCAGAUCUUCAUUUUUUUUAUAUUGAAAGCGAUACACGUCAGAGCUACGCUGAACCCAAAAUAGUCCUCAUUAAUAAUUCAUUCUGCGAAUCAAAUUUCCAUACAAGUACAAACUAAUAAUACAACAACAACAGCGUUAACUAUAAAGAUAUCCAUUCCAAAUUCCAAAAAGUACGAGUCUGUAUAUCAGAAUAUUUUCAAGUAUGUUUAUCAGAAAGAGAAUUGGACGUGAUGAGUUACAAAACAUUUGCUAGAAUUUGGAUCUUUGGGUCUGUCGCAAAGACGUAGUCAAAAUUCUGACAAGAUUGAGAAAAGACUGAAAUUUGGAGAGACAAUGAAUUCUUAUAAGUUCAGUGCUGAUGAAUCAACGAUAAGUGAGCAAGAAGAUUCUAGAUUUUGUCCGGAAGGAUAUGUUGGCAAGGACAUGAUAUAUACAACAGAGCCGCUGCCGUUCAUUCAAAGUUUGGACGAUGGGAAGCUCGUUAUUAAUCCCAAAGCACGAGAAAUGUUGAGUCAAAUUGAGAAGCCUUUGGUUGUGAUUAGUAUAGCGGGGUUAUACAGAACAGGAAAAUCAUUUCUCAUGAAUCGACUUUUUGGUCAGUCCGGGUUCUCUAUUGGAGGUACAACUGAGGCAAAUACCAAAGGAAUCUGGGUCUGGUGCAGAGAUCAUCCCUGCAAUGAGGAACAAUGCUUGGUAGUAUUGGAUAGCGAGGGAUUAGGAGAUACAGAAAAAGAAGAUGGGAUUAACCAAGAUGUGCAUGUGUUUGCCUUAGCAGUUCUUCUCAGCAGCUGUGUGGUUUAUAAUAGCUGGAAUGCGAUUGAUGAAAAUGCCAUUCAAAAUUUAAGCUUGGUGACGCAGAUGAUAGAAUUUAUCCAGCUAAGUCGUAAUGAGGGUGAUGGCGCAAGCACAGACUACGACACUACAGAUGAUGUAUUUUCUCCGUUCUUCAUUUGGGUGGUCAGGGAUUUUAGCUUGAGCCUCAAUAUCGAUCAUCGUCCUUGCACAGCAGACGAAUACUUAGAGCAUGCGUUAAAGGACAAACCUGGCGCACGUAACCUUCAGAGAAAUGAAGUGAGAAAAAAAAUUCGGGAAUUUUUUUCAACGAGAAGAUGCUUCACCUUGAAAAGGCCUGUGGUUGACGAGGAAAAAUUAAGUAAUUUAGACGAGUUACCUGAAGAUGAGUUUCGUCCAGCGUUUCUUGAGGAGAUCCAGAGUUUUAUAAAAUGUGCGCACAGCUCUUCACCAAUUAAAGUUGUAAAUCAAGUGGAAAUCACUGGACAUCAUUUUAAUUACCUGGCGGAAAGCUAUGUCACUUCAUUGAACAAUGGCAGCACGCCCAGUAUUCCCAGUAUUAUUAACCAUAUCGUUGAGGCUGAAUUUAUCCGUGAAAAGGAAAGGAUAACAAACUAUUAUCAGUUGAAAAUGAACGAGAGACUUGUUAAACCGAUGUCGGUCGAAGAGCUGGAAAAGUUGAGUGCAGAAUUAAGAGAUGAAGCGAUGAAAAGAUUCAAGAAACACAAAGUUUUACAAAAAGCUUCAAACACAAACGAAAUGGAUCAAAAAUUAACAGGCGCGUUAGAUGAACUCAGAGUGCAUUACGAACGUGAAAACAAAAGAAUCUCUAAAGAAUUUUGCUCCGAUCUUAUCAAAGAACUUUACGAUCCAAUCAAUAGAAAACUUAACAACGAAGAUUAUAACAUUUAUGGUGGAUAUAAAGCUUUUCUACGUGAUUUAGUUCGCCUAGAGAAAGCGUACCAAGGUACACCAGAUAGAGGCCCAAUGAGUGAUGAGGUUUUGGGCGAAUUUGUUAUCUCAUUAGAAGGCGUUAAAAUGCUGAUUAGAAGUGGAGUUGAAAUGAUUAAUAUGGAAUUAGAACGUGGAUUAGAACAACGAGAUAAGUAUACCGUCUUACUUCCGUGGCUUAAAGAUUCGUUAGCCGGUUCCGUUGGUCAAUUUACGACUCUUUUUGGACAAGCAGUUAAAACGAUUAGCUCUCAGUCAACUUCUGAAGUUGUUGCAAUUGAGUCAAGUGCUGCAUUACCGCCAUUACCUUCGUCGAAAAGUGGACGGUGAAGAAUCACGCGCAAAUCAGUCCGCGCGGAUUGGACCAAAGAAAAAUAUAUCAAAUCGACAAGUUCAGUUAGUUCACAGAAAUUGAUGAUUUGAGGCAAGUCACACCCAGCUGGAUAGCGGAAAAAUAUAUCCCAUAAUAACUGCGCUCAAUUUCGAAGUGUAUGUUCUGCUGCAUGUAUUGUUUGGUCUAAUAUGGUUAUGAUUAUAUAAUCUAUUUGAGAGUUUUAUAAAAUAAAGUAAA